AUGUCCGUCCUCCAGUUAGACGAGCUCGUCUCGUACCAGCUCCGGACGAGAUACCUCGACGAGAUCGCCGACGGGGUUGGCGAGCGACUCAUCACCGUCGACGAGAGCUUCCUCAACUCGGCCUCGUUCAAGGCCGCGGGCUGGCGGCCCGACACGUCGCACACCAAGCGCACGCACUCGCCGCCCAUCCCCACCGCCAUCGCCUCCGAGUACUUCCAGGCGCCGCGACACGUCGGCCUGACGCUCGAGGACGGCGACGACGACGGCGGCAUGCUCACGGGCGGCGGCGCCGACACCAUGGGCCCCGGCAUGGCCACUAAGAGGCGCCGCCGCCGGGAGCAGAUGGAGGAGGACGACAGCAGCGACCUCAGCGAUGACAGCGAGGACGACAGCGAGCAGCGCGCCGCCCAGCAGAUCAAGUUCUCCAAGAUGCCCAUCAGGCCGCGCGCCGGCUCCUCGCCCAUCCAGGCCUCGCAGAUGAUGAAGCAGCAGACGUCGCCCCGCGAGCCGCGCCGCGGGUCCCAGUCGGCCCUCGAGACGGUCAGGGAGAGGCUGCGCCGCGACACCGUCACCAGCAGCGAGGUGUCGUCGGAGAACGAGCUCGACCUCCCUGCAGCCCACCGCCAUCGAGAGGCGGCCCGCGCGGCGGCCAGGGCCGGGACGACACUGCUUCCCGAGGAGGAGGAAGACGACGACGACUCGGACGAGGGAUCGGACAUUUCGGGGGAUUACGUCGAGAGCAUCGACUCGGCCUCGAUCCUCAACGGCGUCGAGAAUCAAAUCAACGCUUCUCCCACGCAGCCGGUCGUCGGCACACCCCCGAGAAAGUUUACCAGACAGUCUACGAUUCGCAAGUCGUAUGCACCCACCAAGCCCAUGGUCCUCGAGGCCCUGCCGCCGCCACGCCCGCUCAGCACCAUCCGCCCGCUCAGCAUCGCUCAGCCCCAGAGCCUGCUGUCGGCGGCGCUCAAGGCCAAACGGCACAAGUCGUCGGUGCCCUUUCAGAAGUUUGCCCACUUCAGCGGGCAGGGCACGCAGGGCGCCAUCAACGUGCGCAUCUACGCGCCCUCUUCCAAGACGCCCAACAAGCCGUUUGAGGUGCUCAUCCGGCCGCGGGUGCACGACGGCCAGGGCGCCGAGCGCGUCGUCACCGUGGCCGACCUGAUUGGCCUCAGCCUGUACCGGUUCAACGAGGAGAAGCGCGAGCCGCCGAUCGCGCCGCAGAAGCGCAACAUCAACUGGUGGACGCUGCGGAUGGUGGAGGAGGGCGGCGAGGUCGACGACGACUUCCCCGCCUUUGAGAGGACCAAGCAACUGGCUGCCUUUACCACUGUCAACAACGCCGGUGCCAGGGGCGGCGGGAGGCUGCGGUCCAACUCGACCGUCUACGACGACUUUGCCCUGGAGGACGAGGGCGGCGAGGAAGAGGAGGAGCCGCAGCCUGGCGAGGGCCGAGACGAUGGCGCCGUGCCCAAGCCGUCAAUCCCGCCGGCGGUGACGACGAUGAGCGAGGCCCGGCCGCGACUGAACCCCAUUGUCACGACGACGUACCGGCCCAACAUAUCACUUGCCGACACGCCGCAGGCUCCGGUGGCGGUGCCCAACACGACGCGCGGCCAGCAGAAGCUGCUGCGGAUCCACCUCAUGUCGGCGGACACGGCGCCGGGCCAGAUGGUGACGCUGGACGUGCUGACGGACACGUACCUGGCCGAGGUGCUGGACCUGGUGUGCCGUAAGAGGCAGCUGGACAAGGGCAACCACGUGCUGAAGCUGCCGGGGUCCGGGGCGGUGGUGAUGAUUGACCGGCCGGUGUCGUCGAUCGGCAACGUGUCGGACCUGGAGCUGUACCGGCGGCGGUUCGCGACGGACGGGCCGAUGAGCAUGACGGGGUCGCCGAGCAGCGCGUCACCCAAGAUGAUGGCGCUGGGCGAGGGGGGGCAGCAAGGGGCGGCAACGGCGGCGGCGGCGGCGGCAGCGCGUCGGGGCCUGGGCCGAAGGGGCGUCGGGGCCGGGCUGCACCCGCUGGCGCGCGAGGCGGGCAAGCAGGACGAGGUGGGCAACGCGAACCUCAAGCGGUACACGGUGUGGCGCAAGCAGCCGAUGCGGCUGGUGGGCAUGAGCGAGCGGUCGCUGGUGAUUGACGGCGAGUACAUUCACAUCUCGCCGGCGUCAGGGGGCAAGGGGGUGCACGAGGGCAAGUCGACGACGGUGCACUUUAGCAACGUGAUUGGGUGCAAGGUGCCGCGGAAGCACCCUGCCAACGUCAAGCUCGUCAUCUACAAGGCGACGGAGACGAAGCGGUACGACUUUGAGGCCCGGAGCGCCGACGAGGCGGCCGAGAUUGUGGCCGAGUUGACCAAGGGCUUCUCGCCGUACCGCGAUGUGUACUGA